AUGAAGGAAAUCGCAGUGGUUGACUUUCUGCCAGAGAAUGAAUGUGGGCAGAUUUUCGAGACCACUCAUAGCCGUACCUUAGACGGCUGUUAUAUCGUACACUUACCUUUGCGACGAAAGGCAACGGAAUUAGGCGACUAUUACGCACUGGCAUUACGGAAAUUCUAUAAACUAGAGCGUCGCAUGGUUGCGGAUCCACUCCUUAAGGAAAACUACAUUUCAUUUAUGAGCGAGUAUGCAGCACUCGGACAUAUGGAACUAGUACAACCACCUUACGGUCAUAUUAAUUGCUACUACAUCCCUCAUCAUGCGGUCACAACGAAGUUCCGCGUGGUGUUCAACGUUUCGGCACCUACCAGUACUGGAAUCUCACUGAACAAUGUUCAACUGGUAGGUCCAAGAUCUCAGGAUUCGCCGAGUAGUAUACUUUUACGUUUUCGUCGGUAUCGAGUGGCGAUAACUGCGGACAUAGAGAAGAUGUUCAGGCAAGUGUUGGUUGCAUCUGAACAUCGCGACUAUCAACGAAUUAUAUGGCGAGAGCCUCCUGAAGACGAGAUCCGGGUGUAUCGCAUAUAG